AUGGCGGGGUUGAAGAAAUUCUUUCUGGACAAGAACCUUCGUCCGGCCACAAGCCUCGGAUUGGAGAGCUACAAUGCGGACUCCAAUGAUGCCAUGGCGGUUGAUUCGCCUGCACGAAGUCAGUUCGAGGGCUUCCCCAAGGAUGCGCAGUCACUAGAUGUGGCUCAUCAUUUCGAGCAAAUUGAGAAGCAAUUCGAGGAUCUACAAGACCGUCUCGACCGGCCAACAUCCUUUGGGCCGCUCGCUUCACCUACCAGUCGUUUCGCAGUCCCUAAAGUCCUGAAUGGCCGCCAUGUUGAUUUAUUGGAUGCUUUGAACUCUUCAGAGCGUCCCCGGGCCACUACCCCAGAACCAUUGUCCCCAAACAGUCCCUACAAUGAGGAUAUCGCGGAGCGAAACAUGACCCGGUUCCUGCGCAUUCAAUACAAGAAAGGAUUCUCUAGCUCGCGAGUUCUCUCGGCAUUGUACCAAGAGGACGUGGCGGACAGGAAUAUCGCCAAGUAUAGCAGUGCUGAUCGCACGAUGUCUGGGUUGAGCAGCCAGUCCUCUCCAGCUGCACCAGGGAGAGUGCGCAUCCCCGAAGGCCAAACGCGCCAAUUUGGAAAACAUUUCGCACGGAAACCCAACUGGGCUUCUGCAGAGAAUUUGCGAAAUCCCAAGGAUGAAACCAGCACCUCACGCUCAAACUCCGACUUGGGAACUUCCCUGAGACCGCAGAAAUCGGCACCAAAUCUAUGUGCAGAUGAGGGCUUUGUCCCUCAAGAAGCAGCACCACCAAGCCCUGUUCAUCGCCUGGGGGUUCCUCCUGCGUACAAACUAGGCAAAAGAUUGAGCAAUACGCCUCUUCCCGAUAGUCCUACGAUACCUUUCCCCAUGGGAGAUAGUGCCGAGGCUCCUUCAGUACCAGAGCCAUUCUCAUCGGUGUCUCGCAGUCCAUCUCCACGCUCACUCUCCCCACCACCCUCAGGGCCUGGAUCCAAGAAAAAUGCCCGAGGCCUCUCCAUCAAUACGGAGUUAGCUGCCAAGGGGACCCCCAAAAUUGUCCACCGCGCUAUCCAGCCGCCAACGCCUUCGACAGGCAACAUGAAACGACCUCCCAGCAUCGCCCAAGUGAUGAACAGUCCCCUCCCUAUCAGCAGCCCAGCCAGCCCACCCAGGUCUUCAAUGCGGGUCAAAGCCGCGGAACUAAUGAACCUGUUCACCAAGACCUAUACGUCUGCACACGGAACUCAUCCAACAUACGAAUCACUCCACGACGCUAUAGUCCGGGAAGUGAACUCCCACGAAGCAUUCAAGCGUGUCCCUCCACCUAUCCCAGGCCCUCCCUUCACGCCCUCAGCCGAAAAGAUGGCACUCGCCAAUGCCUCCCCAGCAACAGGACUAAACCGGAGCUCUUCAACAACCAGCCGAUUGAACAAAUCAUUCAUGAAACACAAAAGAUCCCCAGAAUCCCGCCGCAGCAUCUCAUCCAGCGUCGGCUACGACCGACUCAAAAGAAAGGUCUCCAGCUCCCCUCCCCGUCGACACACCGACGCACCACCCCCCUCCGCAGCCUUCCUAGCCGACCUCCAACAAUCCCCCGCCGCCUCCCUCGCAGCCGGCGAACCAAUAACCUACAUGGACGUCCUGCGCGCAAGCACCGAACAACCCCAACCAACAAUCCCAGAGCCCAACAUCCCCCGCAAACGAAUCCGCUCCGAUUCCAUCAGCAUGGCCGCAACUCUGCAAUCCUUCCCUGAUGUCCCCACGAAAACAAUCUACUGCAUGCAAGCACACUCCACCCCACCAAGCACCGAAGAAGACGACGACAUCAUCCAUCUACCCAGUCUGAACGGUCUGACACCCCGCGUCCAGAUCGAAGGCGUAGACGAGAAUAAUAUCCGCUACGUGAUCGAUGCUGCAUCAGCAGACGAGGCCCAAAAGCUCAUGUGCUGGCCUCGUAUUCGUGGAGCACAUCCCUACGGCGAUAGUUUGUCGCCGCUAUCCCGGGCUCGCAUGCAGCUGCGUGGUGCGCGCUCUGUGAAGACUUGUUAG